GGAAGUGUCUGGUCCUCCUCCUCCUCCUCGCCUGUUGUGGGUGAACCUGCGCUACAGGCUCCUCACGGACACGGGAGGGGGCUGGUUUGUUUGUGUCUGUUUAAGGAAAAGAGAGAGAGAGAGACCUUCCAUCCAUUGAAGCACAGUUCACUAUGGUCGUACUCGCACUCAGCACUGGAAGCCGGUUGGAUUUCGUAUCUCAAUCCAGGGUGUUAUUCUUGCAAACCUGCCUUUGGAUUUUAUGUGCUACAGUGUGCAAAGCGGAGCAGUAUUUCAAUGUGGAGGUAUGGUUACAAAAGUAUGGCUACCUUCCACCAACUGACCCCAGAAUGUCGGUGUUGCGCUCUGCAGAAACCAUGCAAUCAGCUAUAGCUGCCAUGCAGCAGUUCUAUGGCAUUAAUAUGACAGGAAAAGUGGACAGGAACACGAUUGACUGGAUGAAGAAGCCUCGAUGUGGUGUGCCUGACCAAACAAGAGGCAACUCUAAAUUUAACAUCCGUCGGAAACGAUAUGCAUUAACGGGACAGAAGUGGCAACACAAACAUAUCACUUACAGCAUUAAGAACGUCACUCCAAAAGUAGGUGAUGCUGAAACCCGUAAAGCCAUUCGCCGUGCCUUUGAUGUGUGGCAGAAUGUAACUCCUCUAACAUUUGAAGAAGUUCCGUAUAUUGAAUUAGAAAAUGGCAAGAGAGACGUGGAUAUUACAAUCAUUUUUGCAUCAGGUUUUCAUGGAGACAGUUCUCCCUUUGAUGGGGAGGGAGGAUUUUUGGCCCAUGCAUAUUUCCCUGGGCCAGGAAUUGGGGGAGACACUCAUUUUGACUCAGAUGAGCCAUGGACGUUGGGAAAUCCUAAUCAUGAUGGAAAUGAUCUGUUUCUAGUUGCUGUGCAUGAACUGGGACAUGCUCUGGGCUUGGAGCACUCUAAUGAUCCCACAGCAAUUAUGGCUCCUUUUUAUCAGUAUAUGGAAACUGACAACUUCAAACUACCUAAUGAUGAUUUACAGGGCAUCCAGAAGAUAUAUGGUCCACCUGACAGGAUCCCACCACCAACAAGACCUCUGCCAACAGUGCCACCUCAUCGUUCGAUCCCUCCAGUAGACCCACGGAAAAAUGACAGACAACCUAAGCCUCCCCGGCCACCCACUGGUGACAAGCCUUCCUAUCCUGGGGCCAAACCUAACAUCUGUGAUGGGAACUUCAACACUUUGGCUAUUCUUCGCCGGGAAAUGUUUGUUUUCAAGGAUCAGUGGUUUUGGCGUGUCAGAAACAACAGGGUGAUGGAUGGAUACCCCAUGCAGAUUACCUACUUCUGGAGAGGGCUGCCUCCCAGCAUUGAUGCAGUUUAUGAAAACAGCGAGGGCAAUUUCGUCUUCUUUAAAGGUAACAAGUUCUGGGUUUUCAAGGACACUACUCUCCAGCCAGGGUAUCCUCAUGAUUUGAUAACACUUGGAAGUGGAAUUCCUUCCCAUGGUAUUGAUUCUGCAAUUUGGUGGGAAGACGUUGGGAAAACCUACUUCUUCAAAGGAGAUAGGUACUGGAGGUACAGUGAAGAAAUGAGAUCCAUGGACCCUGGCUAUCCCAAACCAAUCACAAUUUGGAAAGGUAUCCCAGAAUCGCCUCAGGGAGCCUUUGUCCACAAAGAGAAUGGCUUCACAUAUUUCUACAAAGGAAAAGAGUACUGGAAAUUCAACAACCAGAUGCUCAGAGUGGAACCUGGCUAUCCCAGAUCCAUCCUCAAGGAUUUUAUGGGUUGUGAUGGACCAACAGAUAGAGACAAAGACCGACACAGCCCUCAAGAUGAUGUUGACAUUGUUAUCAAAUUGGACAACACAGCCAGCACUGUGAAAGCCAUAGCUAUUGUCAUUCCCUGCAUCCUGGCCUUGUGCCUCCUUGUCUUGGUUUACACCGUGUUCCAGUUCAAAAGGAAAGGAACACCUCGUCACAUACUGUACUGCAAACGCUCUAUGCAAGAGUGGGUGUGAUGUAGGGUUUUGGUUUUUUUUUUUUUCUUUCCCUCCCAGGAGUUUGUGGUAACUUGAGAUUCAACACAAGAGCUGUUCUGCAGUCUCCUAGCUAGGAGCGGGCAUCUGUCAGUCUGAAACAAAGCUGAUCCUUAAAACCCAGGAGGUUGCCUGUCCCGCGCAUGAGUGGUGAUUCGCUCAGCUGGGAAGCUUCCAUGAUAAACAGUAUCUGCUGUUUCUUCAGUCCUUUGUCUUUCUUUGUCAUUCAAUUUAGGUCUUUCCUCUGCACACUAAACGCCAGAUAAACUAUCAGAAUUAAGUAAGGAAGAGGAAAAAACAAAAUCUCCAAUGUUUCUACAUUUUUCCCUUAAGGCCUGUUCCCCUUUGAAAAAUUUUCUGCUGAAAGUCAAUUUUUUUAGAAAAAAAAACACAACAACUCACAGUGGAACAUUCAGGAAAGUGAGAAGACCCAAAACAGCUUUGUCUCCAAAGAGGAUUGCUUUCUGUCUGCAAUGGAUAAAGUCCUAUACUCCUAUUUCCAGUCUUGCCAGGUGGGAGACCCGGAUAACAUGCAGGACUUCAGACUGUUCGGACAGCCAUUUUCCAACAAACAAGGGGCCAAAAUAUCUGCAAUAUAGUAACAGCCUUAAUAAUACAUUCAUUUUGUGUUUUAUACAGCUGCUCUGGGCUACGUCCUCAAUGUUUUAAACUCAUUUAUAUUCAUCACUAUAUUCAAGUGGAAUCUUUUUAUUGGCUUGUUUGAUUUUUGGGUUGGUUUUCUUGCAUAAUCUUUCCCAAGCUAUACCAAGCCAACUGCCCCAGGCCUUUCACAGGUCUGUCAGGAGUACUCAUUCCAAUGGAUGGUGAAAAAGCAGUGUGUCUCUGAAGUGGAUUUCAGUGAACUAAAGUAACAGUGAUGCUAUAGAGAAACUUGACACUGGUAUUACUUUGGUGUAACCCUUUGAGAACUAUUGCAUCAGUUUUCAGAGUCUGUUGGAUGUUAAUCUUGAUUGUCAUUAAAUUACAGGAUUGUGUUUGGGAAAUAGAAAUUUUAAAAGGAAAAAACAGUGGUCUUUUUUUUUUUUUUUUUUUUU